AUGUGGUCAGUGCAGCAGGAGUAUCCACUGAUCCUGCUCACAGCAGUAAGCGACUGGCUGGUACCGCAAAAUGUUAAAGAGCUACGGAGCUUCCUGGGCCUAGCUCCCUACUAUCACCGGUACAUACUAGGUUUUGCCACCUUUGCCAGUCCCUUGCAUCAGCUGACCCAGAAGGGGCAGGUGUUCAAAAUGAGCAAAGGCUGUGUCCAGAUACCAAGCUCCAGGCAGCCCUUCUCGGGGCUCCGGUGCUGGCAUAUCCCGACCUCCAGGGGCCUUCCAUCAUUGACACUGACGCCAGCAAAGUGGACCUUGGAGUGGUUCUGUCCCAGGAGGGCGAGCAGGGAGAGCAGGUCAUUACCUACUUCAGCCACUCUUUCUCCUAGUCAGAGAGGAAGUACUGUGUCACCUGCUUCUCACUUCAGGGACCCAGAGGGACAGCUGACUCCUUGGCUGGAGACAUUGCAAGAGUUUGACUUUGAGAUCCACCAUCGGGCUGGCCUUCUCCAUGUCAAUGCUGAUUCUCUGUCCCGCCACCCCUGUGAGGAAGAUGAAUGUCAGUACAGCCUGCAUGAGGAGGAGUGGGAUGCUUUGACUAUGUUCCCAAUUCUACUGACCGAAGUGUUGUCAAGAUGUGGAACUCUAUGUCCAUUGAUUAGUAUCCAGGUGGGGGCUCCCAUGGAGCAGGUGGCAGUGGAUGUGUUGGGUUCAUUUCCUACCACUGACUGCAGUAAUCGCUAUGUCCUGGUUGCAAUGGACUACUUCACCAAGUGGCCAGAGGCGUAUGCCAUUCCAGAUCAGAGCGCUAUGACUACUGCCAAACAUCUGGUGAGCGAGAUGUUCUGCUGCUUUGGUCCUGCAUCAGCCAUUGGAGGCUCCCAGGAGCCAAUCCAUGUGAGCGUGCCACCAAUGCCAACUGCCUCAGCAUUUGAGAACCUUUGUGGUUGA